AUGGCAAUUUCAUCAUCGACGUCGGAAUCAGAUUGGGCAUGGCUUCCAACGGACCUCCUCGAUUCGAUUCUGCACCAGCUGGCCUCACCCAUUGACAAGGUUCGUUUCGGUGCCGUAUGCAAGUCAUGGAGGACAGCGGUGAAAGAGCGACCACGUCAAGGCAUUCAAAUUCCCAUGUUGUUGGUUCCCAGCAAACACAAUAUCAAGAAAACGCGUAGUUUAUACAGCAUCACCGACCGGACAAUCUCUGACGUUAACCUCCGCAUGCCUUACAAUCGUAGAAGAUGUUGCGGUUCUUCCUUCGGUUGGUUGAUCUUUCUAACCAACACUUCGUCUAUUACCCUAUUCAACCCCUUCAGGAACAAGAAAAUCCGUCUCCCACAGCUUCAAAAACUCAGAGGCUAUACAACGAAGUCAGGUAAACAGUAUACAGUCGAAAAAGUCACAUUGUCCUCGGACCCCACUACUCUUGAGGACUCGGACUGCCUUGUUGUUGCAAUAUUUGGUGAAUAUAGUGACUUGGUUUUCAUGAAAUUAGGUGACAAAUCUUGGACUUAUGUGGAUCAUGAGCAUGGACACUUGUUCUCUGAUGUUUUAUUUUAUAAAGGCCAGGUUCUUGCCAUUGAUCAUAGAGGUUUGCUUCUAUCCAUUGAUGUUAAUAGCAAUCUAAAAAAGAUACUUGCACCGAGAGAUCUUGAGUAUGCAGACCUGACGUAUCUUGUGGAAACAUCUAUGGGAGAUUUGUUGCUGAUACGGAGGUUUCUCGCUUCUUGGCCUUUUGGAAAUGACGGUCAGGGUAUGACUGGUCAUUUUGAGGUGUACAAGCUUGUUCUAGACGAUGAAAGUGGAAAGGUGGUGAAACGGGUGGAGGUGAAGAACACAGGAGAUGAUGCCUUGUUCUUGGGAGACAAUUAUUCUAUAUCUAUUCCAGCUUCCUACUUUUCGGGGUGCCAUCCUAACUCCAUAUAUUAUACUGAUGACUAUACUGAUACACGGCCAUACUAUCCCAAUGGGCCGCUUGACAUGGGUAUUUUCAAUUUAGAGGAUCGAAGCAUUCGACUACACUACAAACCAAAUCCUUCGCACAAGUAUAUGCCUCCCCCAAUUUGGAUGCUACUGCCUAUGUUGUAA